ACCUUCAGCAAUUUCAAACUUUUAUUUUACCUUUUUCUCAUGUGUGCAAUAUUCUUCACAGAUCUCAUAUAACCCCAGCUUAUAGCUUGAGAUCAGUGUUUCUUUCAUCAUUUCUCAGAUUCCAUAAAUUUGUUUUUCUACAUGGGAGCUAGAUUUUCACGUAUAGCAAAAAGGUUUCUUCCUAAGUAUAAAGUAAGGAUUUUGAUGGUGGGUCUUGAUGGUUCAGGGAAGACUACCAUCCUUUACAAGCUGAAGCUCGGCGAUGUUGUCACAACAGUGCCUACUAUCGGGUUCAACCUCGAGACAGUAGAAUACAAAGGCAUCAAUUUUACUGUAUGGGAUAUAGGAGGACAAGAGAAGAUUCGCAAAUUGUGGAGACACUAUUUUCAGAACUCGCAAGGGCUCAUCUUUGUGGUGGACAGCAGUGACAGUACAAGGAUAUCAGAAGCUCGUAACGAGCUGCAUCGCAUACUAACCAAUAAUGAACUAGAAGAUGCGUGUGUACUCGUCUUUGCGAACAAACAAGAUUCAAGAAAUGCUUUACCGGUAGACGAUGUUGCCAAUAGACUUGGUCUGCACAGCCUAUCCAAACGUUGUUGGUUUAUACAGGGAACAUCGGCCAUUUCUGGCCAAGGCUUAUAUGAAGGACUUGAAUGGCUCUCCAAAACUAUCCCGAGCAAACCCGAACGGUCGACGUCGGUUGGUAGUUUCCGGAGUGAUUCCUCUGAGAGGAAGCUAGUACGAGGUCUGAGGUAUUAAAAGACUAAUUUUCCCUUCAUCACAUAGUUGUCUUCUUCGUUUUAAGAAUUUGUAUAAUUAUAGCGUUUUGCUUUCCAUGUUUCUCAAUGAGAAACUGAGAAGCAUUCUUCACUUCUACUCUCAUAUUAUGGAAUGAAUAAGGUUUAGGGUAGCAAUCUUUACUUAUGCGGUGACACCCUUUAUAUGAAUUUGUUUUCACGUUCA